AACGUAAACAACGCAGGCACGCACACGACGUCAUCGCGUAGGGGGCGUGGCGAUGCCGCAGGUGGACAGUUAGUAUUUUCCUGAGCUUGAUGAGGUACGACAGAAAGUAAAACCUGGAUUUAAGCCUCGAACGUCAAGGUGUCAUGGGGUCAUGGAUGCUGGCUUGGGUUCUCAUUGGCGCCACAGUCACUCUGAUGCCCGUGUGUCUUCAUGGAGCAAUAUCGGUCCGUUUUAAAACCGGCCGGCCCCUGUAUGUCGCUCUCGGCCAGACUCUGGUUCUGGAAGCCGUAUUCGAGAAGGAUGCAGGCGACAAGGUGGACAUGGUGACGUGGGACCGCGAGCGAGGACGGGACAACAUCCGACUCUCACAUGGAAACAGAGUAUCGCUGGAGAAGGAAGAGGCACUUCUGCGGGUCACCGACGUUGCAGAAGAAGACUUUGCGCUCUACAAGAUCACCGUCACGGACAGCAACGGAUACCAGAAGCAGGACUCCAUAGAAGUGCGAAAGAUAGUGCAACCUCUAAAGGCGUCGCUGACGCGUGUGCUGGAGUGCCUUGUAGAUGAUCAAGGCAUGACUCAGUGGGACAGCCCUCGCUUUUCAUGGUUGGUUGACGGCGUUACAGUAACCAAUCAAACCGCCCUGCUAGCAGACGGCAGUAGACUAGACAUCUCUGCCGUGAAGGGCGUUAACUACACCUGCAUCAUCACGAGCAGUCUGGGGACAGUGACUGCACGCUAUCAAAUACCACAAGAAUCUCAGCCUUGUUGUUUGGGACUGAUCGCAACUGGAGUUGUAACAGUAAUAGCACUUGUUGCCGGGUUCAUUUUCCUGAAAAGAUACAAGAAAUCACUAGAGGAACGGACCAAUAGGGGUUCUACACUGUAAAAAGAAAAAGGUUGAGGCAACUUAAAAUUUAAGGUUUUCUCAACUUCCUGUUUUAAGUUCGUAUAAAAGUUGAGAAAACUCGAAUCCGACGAAGCUGGUUGCCUUAAAACGUACAGUCCACAGAGAAGACUUUAUUUUAUUUAUUUAAAUGUUAACAUACCUGUUGUUUUGAUCACUUUUUGGGUUAUUUAUUUUAUACGUACGUCCUCGCCGCGAUCGCAUUACCUGCCUUUUUCUCCUUUCAACUUUUAUUAUUAUUAUUUGACUGUUAAAAAUGUAAAAAUGCUUACUAUGAAUCUAAAAAAAAAGCUCUGUUUACAAAAGAAAACGUAUAUCAUUGUUAUUCGUUUGCCGUCUACCUCAUUUGUAUUUGUUCCUAUUCAUCUGCUGUCGGUGCAUAUGUUGUUUUUUGCAUUUGCGUUCGAGUUAAGAGAAUAAAAACGUUGGAACGGA